AGUGGGGCUCUAUUUAUUAUAUUUUUCCGCUUAUUUUCCUUUUUAUUUUUUUAAUUUGUCUACCUCCCCUCAUGGCUCUCCCCCCCGCUUUCUAAAUAGGAGAUGUGCUCAGGACUGCGCCCAGGAGACUGGCUGGAAUCAGUUUUGGAGGGUGAUGCACCGCGACAGCUAAAAGUUGGAUAGGGUUUCAGCAGCUCCUAUAUAAAGCAGAGGGGACUUAUGUCACUGCACUAAUUAAAUUCCAUCUCGGUUGUUCCUCCGGGUGUUUUUGAGCCUGCUACCCAACUCAAGCAGUCAGAGAGGCCAAGGGACAGCAUGAUGAUGGACCUUUUUGAAACUGGCUCCUAUUUCUUCUACUUGGACGGGGAGAAUGGAGCCCUGCAGCAGCUGGACAUGGCUGAGGGAUCCCCGCUGUACCCAGGCAGCGAUGGCACCUUGUCCCCCUGUCAGGACCAAAUGCCGCCAGAGGCCGGCAGUGACAGCAGCGGAGAGGAGCAUGUGCUGGCACCCCCGGGACUACAACCCCCUCACUGCCCCGGCCAGUGUUUGAUUUGGGCUUGUAAAACUUGCAAGAGAAAGUCGGCCCCUACGGACAGACGGAAAGCAGCCACCCUGCGGGAGAGGAGGAGACUGAAGAAGAUCAACGAAGCCUUCGAGGCUCUGAAAAGGCGGACUGUGGCGAACCCCAACCAGAGGCUGCCCAAGGUGGAGAUCCUGAGGAGCGCCAUCAGCUACAUCGAGAAGCUGCAGGACCUCUUGCACAGACUAGAUCAGCAGGAGAAAAUGCAGGAGAUCGGGGGGGACCCCUUCAGCUUCAGUCCCAAGCAAGGAAAUAUCGCCAGCUCGGACUUCCUGAGCACCUGCAGCUCCGACUGGCAAAGCGCUUCUGACCAUUCCCGAGCCCUAGGAGUCAGCCCCACGGAAGGAGGCUCCGUCGUCGAGUCGUCGGCUUCCAGCAGCCUUCGCUGUCUCUCUUCCAUAGUGGACAGUAUUUCUUCCGACGAGCCCAAACUACCCAGUGCGGAGGAAGUGGUGGAGAAAUAAAUCCGGUUGUUCUGGUAUUUACCUGUACCGGUGAUCCACCUUGUCUGAGACUCACCGGAAAGUUCAUUCCUGUCUGAGUGAAGCUGUUGGUUGCAUUUCGUAUUAGUCGUAUUUAAAGAGUUCCCGCCUCGUUUCGUUCCUGUAAAUACUUUUAGUACUGUCUUUUCUUUUGUAAACAUAACAAAUAUAUAUUUAAAUGGUGGAAUGUGAUAUUGUAUAUAAGAACAGACGGAUUUAUUGGAUUGUAAAAUAAAGUUCUUUGUGUUACA